CCUACUGUAGUUCACCAGUGCUCGAUUUUGCUGGACUACAUUAGUUGGGACGCAGAGUGUCCUACUAAGAAGAUAUUUUGGUGAACUUUUAAGAGGAUUGGAUAAAAUGAACUCAAUCUGCUUUUAAAACUAUAUUUAUCCACCUGGAAAAGUACAUAACUUGCCCACGGACAUGGCAAAGGCAUACAGUCUGUAUGUAGGAAUGGUAACAGCUUUGGCCCUGUGUAAAUACUCUCUGGCUGAAUGGAAUACAACUGAGCAGCUGGUGAACAACACUGUGUCCCUCCAUCACCAAGGCAACACAAACAACUUCAAAGACUCAAUAGAAACUGCAACUCAAGCCAAAAAGAGCGGCCAUUUCACCAACUGUCCAAAGGAGUUAAGGCAAUACUGUAUCCAUGGGUCGUGUCGCUUUGUAAAGGAACAGAAUACUCCUUCAUGCAGAUGUGAGAGAGGGUACAUUGGGUCCAGGUGUGAGUAUGUUGAUCUGGCCUCGCGUCUAGGUGACAAGAGGCAGAUCAUCGUAGCCUGUGUGCUAGCAGUAUUGGUCUUCCUCAUACUGCUCAUCACAUUCAUCUGCAUCUGUGCACAUCGACAUAAACUUUGCAGACGGAAGAAGAGAAGGAAAGAGGAGACGAGGAAUGGAACAGAGAAGCUCAAUAUGAUUAUGAUGAACACAAAUGGAAUGCAUGUAGCUUCAUCAGAUUCAGUAGAAACCUCAGACACCAAUGCAGUAUGACUAGGUAUGUACUAUAUGUAUGUACAGAGGUAUUUGAAAAUUUUCUGACUUAUGACCUUUGCCAUUGUGUCAAUACACACAGCAUCUCUGCCUGUUUUAACUACAGUGGUAUUGUAAAAUACGAUGGAAAAACAGACUAGUCCUCUUUUGUUGCUGUUGGAAGGUGAUAUUCCCCAGUUGGAUCAAGCCAAGCAUCCCAUUAUAAUUCAGCACAUAUGAAGAGAGGCCCUGAAUGGGAGUAAAACCUAGUGCUUGGCACUGCCUAAGCCAAUCUUUGAACACAUUGAUAUAUAUCAGACAGCCUACAUAGCCCAUUUUCUGUGUUGGCCAGGCUGGUUGCAUGGUGUCUUACGGUCUGAAUUUGACUGUAACCGUCAGAUCAAAGCAGAGGUGCAGCAGGUCCCUCAAUGUGCCUGCCUGGCUCUCUCUAAAAAAGGGGAUCACGAAAACAGACAGACCUAACAAGACUCAAGGCAUUAUGAUGGAUGUGGCACUGUUAAGGUAGUGUUCAGAGGCUGGAUAUGACCGGGGAUGUGCGAUCAUUUUAAACAUGGGCUAUCUCCCUUUCACUGCUUAUUUGGUGGCUAUACAAAAGCUGCUCUGUAAUUGUGUGUUAAAAACAAAUUUCAUUUGUACAGUAACAGCCGUUGCUUCUAUCUUCCAGCGACGGGGACUAUAAAUGCUAUUCUCCUGCCGGACGGGAUGAGGGCCUUGGUUGUAAGUGCCUGUUGGGAAGAGAGAGAGAGUGCUCUAACAGCACUGUGGAUAUAUACUCUUCAGCUGCUUCUCACUGCCAACCACAGUCGACAGUAUGGACUGUUCUGUGCAGAAAUGUAGGAGAACACAAGAAAGACUGGACCAGCUCUUUUGGAACUCAUACAACCUUUAUGGUCACCAUGUAGAUGGAUCAAUAGAACAGCAACAACUCUGCAUUUGGAAAAUGUGAUAAUGUGAUAGUUUUUCUCAGACUCAUUUGUGUAAGCAAAAUAUACAAGGUCAUCAAAUCACAAUAAGUUCAAGUAAAACCAUAAUUUAGAGGAUAUUUUGAUGGACUCUGGGCUCUGAAGGAGUAGGCCUUUUUAUGAACUGUCGUGUAAUGUAACCUACUCUUAUUUGGGCAUGGAUUAAAUUAUUAACAUGUA